AUGGGUUUUGGCUUUAUAGGCCGAGAUGGCUCACGCAAUCUACUACGCAAAACUUUCUCCCCGACGUUUUGGUUCGAUCAUUGCUGGCCAGCCUCGCGCCAGUAUUGGUUCUCUCUGUUGUUCAUCGCCGUCAUCUGCGCCAAAAUCCUUCACAUAUACUCGCAUCUGAACUCAUUACCCCUCGGACAAUUGAUCAUCUGGGCCCCCACAUUCUUUUUACAAGAUGUAGUUUGUAUAUUCUUAACCCACAGCCUGUGUGCUGACUACCAGCACCGUUGGGCACGUGUCAUAGCGACCUUGCUGGUCAUUCCAACUAGUUUGGCAAUGUCUGGUCUGUCAGCCGCCAAUAUCUCUUUCUACGUCGCAACCGGAGCCGAAAUCCACUGGAAACAAGCGCACAACUUCCACGGCGACAGAGCCGCCGUCAAGACGAUGCUCACCGGCUUAACGGGUUUAAUCAUCGUCGAGAUCGCCUUUGUCGCUGCAUCCUGGAUUUCCACACCACAUCUAUACAAUUGGACCGAGGGCAUUGUGUCAAUCUUUAGGGGUGUUCUGCCAGCCGUUUGUCGCAGGAAACGAACUUCGGUCUUGAAAAGAUACGAGCGACUCGCGCCUGAGGACUGGGAGGAGGACCGAAGUGAUGUUGAGUUGGGCUCGGGCUUGCAGGGAAUAAAAACAACUCAAGAAAAUGUAACGAAGGAAGUUCGGCAUUCUCUUUGGCUGCGAGUCUUCGUUUUCACAUUCACUGGCUUUGUGGUUCUUUUGCGUUGCAUUCGUCCAUCAAAUUCUGCCUAUAACUUUCUAUCUGAGACUGUCAUUGUCACACCGUUUGACAAAGAUCAGUCUGGCGCCCCAUCAUCGUUUGAUCUACUUGAAUUGACAGGUGAUUACAGUUGGUUGGGCAAUCACACUGCCCUAGCAGCACCACCCACAUUUGACUGGCUGCCACACGAUAAACUGGCCGGGUUCAGUGACUGGUAUGAAAAUGCCAAUCACACUGCGCGCGUGCAUUAUAAUCCAGCACGUGAUCCUCUCCAUAUCUCCAACCUUGAAAAUGAAGUUCUCGAAUCUCUACGCGAGUCGCUUCAGAGCGGCAGUGUCAAGAUCAAGCACGUGUUACUUCUCAAGCUAGAAAGCACUCGUGCAGAUGUCUUUCCACUUCGCAAGGAAUCCUAUUUCGGGGACAUGAUUCGCGAAACAUUUAAAGAUGGCCACCUCCCCACUGAUGUUGAAGAAAGACUGGCCAAUCUAACACCCACCGCAGAGAGACUUACAGCUACUUCCUCUGGGUUCAAUGGAAACAAUAAUGUACCUAAUCCAUAUGGAGGAUUCCAUGCUACCAAUGCUUAUACGGGCGGUACCUUUACCCUGAAGAGUACCCUGGCCACUAUCUGUGGUAUCUCUCCCUUGGUCGUGGACUUUAAUCGCGAAUACCUGCACCACGUUUACCAACCGUGCAUGCCGCAUAUCCUGGAAGCACUCAACUCUCAGGCCAACCAGACCAAGACGGAGGACUUUACCUCUUGGCCAUGGCGAUCCACAUGGAUGCAGGCCAUCACUGAUGACUACGACAACCAAGACCUUCUCACACCCGUGUUGGGCUUUAAACACAAAGUAACAGACAUCAACAUUACCGAGGAUCGUGCGAAGAAGGGUGGCAGUCAACCAGAGAAGUUCAAUUUCUGGGGAUACCUCGAAACAGAGCUUUCGGAUUACUUUCGCAAUGCAAUCCAAUCAGCAGAGAAACAGAAGGAGCGACUGUUCAUCUCACACUUGACUGGUAUUACGCAUCAACCUUGGGAUAACCCAAAAGGUCAGAAGUACGAGGAAAUGAUUAGCCACGGCUGGGUGGGAAAGAACAAUAAGGUAAAUCACUACCUCAAUACGCUUGGUGUUGCAGACAAAUGGCUCGCCGAGUUGUUGAACAUCCUAGAGGAAACGGGUGUUGCCGACGAGACCCUGGUCGUGAUGGUGGGAGAUCAUGGCGUUUCACUCCCUGAGAACAGCGGUGUGACUCCAUACCUCAACCCCCAUACCGCCAGUUUCCAUGUCCCUCUAGUCUUUGCCCACCCCAAGCUACCAGCUAUCGAGAUCAACUCUCGCGUUGCUUCGAUUCAAAUCCUCCCCACAAUUCUCGACAUUCUAUCGGAAUCUGGAUCUCUCAACAAACAAGCAAAAUCCGCUAUCCAAGAUCUUCUCCCCAUGUACGAAGGUCAAUCAAUGAUCCGACCCACAUUCGCAGAAAAAGAUGGAAAGCAAGACUGGCAGUUCUCAGUCAUGAACACCGGAGGAACAUGGCUUGCCCUGCGAUCCGCUGCAAAGCCUUAUCGUCUCAUCAUCCCCGUCAUUCCUGACCUCGAAUGGCGGUUCUCGAAUGUAGAGACCGACCCCCAUGAACUGCAAGCACUACAGGAUUUCGAUCUUUCGAAUCUGAUGAAGAUGGUCUCGCCUAAGUACGGAGAAGAUGCUGUUCAGUGGAUCAAAGACGCGUCUCACGUGGCGAAGUGGUGGGUUAAAGAUAAUUGGCGGCGCUAUGAAUAUGUGCCGUGA